AUGGCCUGCAACAGCCUCUGCCGACCCUGCGGACCCACCCCGCUGGCCAACAGCUGCAACGAGCCCUGUGCCCUGCAAUGCCAGGACUCCCGCGUCAUCAUCAACCCUUCCCCUGUGCUGGUCACCCUGCCAGGACCCAUCAUGACCUCCUUCCCCCAGAGCACCGUCGUCGGAUCCACCUCCUCGGCUGCCGUGGGCACUGAACUCAAUGCCCAGGGACAGCCCAUCUCUGGGGGAUUUGGCUUUGGCCUUGGCUAUGGGCUGGGAGGCCUGGGCUGUGGCUAUGGCAGAAGGGGUGGCUACAUCUGCUAA